UGUUUAUAAUCCAAAUUUAGUUAUUGUAUAGCUUCACAAAAGAUGAUAUGUAUAAACUUGAAUGAUCUUUGACAUGAUACUGUGAUAAAUAUAGAUGUCGAAAACUUGUUUUGAUAAAGAAAUUUGACUCGUCAAGACAAUUAAAAAAAAAUCAUGGUAAAGACGACGACAAAUACCUUGCUUCUUUUUGUAUGUUUCGUGGCAGCAAGCGCAAUAUGCAAUUACCCAUGUUUUCGCUUUGAUGUAGGAACUUGGGUUAAGGACAAAGAUACCUUUGUCUUUUCGUGUUCUAAUAUGUCAAUAUUAACAGUAAAUGGUGUGCAUGAAAAGUUGUGUUACGAAAGACGUGGGCCAUUUCUUGUAUCAAGAUCUGGAAAUGCAUACACUUGCAUGAAAUAUAUUGUAAAUAAAAGUACAGCCAAAAUAUCCCUUGUCUAUGCUACAAAAUCAAAGACAUUUACUCAAGAGCCAUCUAUUUGUGACGUUUGUUCAGGAAGAUAUACGCCAUAUAUUUUAGUCGCACAAGGUCAAUUUCCUACCCCGGCACGAUUAGGCUGCAACAGACCAUCACUGUGUGCUAUAAAAGAUGUUUUAAAUGACGAAUCCUGUACCGCUUCUGAACCAGCUAUGGACGAUGAAUUAAUGUGCAACAGCUGUAAAACGCCAGUAUAAAAAUAGUGUUACGGGAUGAACUGGGAUCAGAAAUAGAUGUGAAACAAAAACCGUGUUCGAAAUAAUAGUAACUUUUCAAAAAAAUACAAAUUUAUUUCGCAAAUAAAGAUUUUAAAAACUGCACAA